UAUGGUUCAGGUCCACAGACACGCCAGGUUGUGUAUUUCGCAUGCUCCCAUGUUGGCGGGGCGCGACUUCCCCACGUCAGUGCACAGACCAGCACUUUUGUAAAUUUUUGGGUUGGGUCGUACCUUUCACCUUGUUUUCACACUUUACAAACACUUCUUCUUUAUUCGAAGGUUCGUGAAGCUGUACUUUCUACGGAAUCAUAUCUGUCUGGUACUUCCCGGAGCUGAGCGCAAACACAUCAGUGAACGAUCGCAAGCCACAGCCCACGAUGGCGAAGACGAAACCCCAAGAUCGAGCACGAAAAGCGAAAAAAGACGCAAAGAACGGUGCAGCUGAUGGAGCGAAAAAACCCAAAACGUCACCCGAAACUCUACUCGUUCAAGCCGCCGCAUUACUACAAACAUCGCAGCCAGACGAGGCCCUCGUGGCCGCCAAACGAGCGCUGAACCUACUCCAACCCACAUCGGAGCCAACCUUGGCUGCACUUCCCGCUCUCAACCUUCUAGGGGAGAUAAACGUAGAUCUUGGGGAUCCAGACUCAGCACGAGAGGCAUUUCUGGCUGCGAUAGCGCUGGAUACAGAAGGUGUGCACGACGGCGCAGAAAAGUUCUUGUGGCUAGCUCAACUCAACGAGGAAGGCGGAGCGGAAAGCGUACGGUGGUUCGAAAAGGGUAUAGAGGUGCUGAAGCGGGAGAUUAGCGAGCUGGAAGGCAAGAUCGUGAAGCAGGCUGAGAUCACAGAAGCGCUGGCCGAGAAGAAGCAGAAGAUCGCGAAUGCGCUCUGCGGCAUCGCCGAAGUCUACAUGACCGAUCUCUCGUGGGAAGCCGAAGCCGAAUCCCGAUGUGAAGCAGCCGUUACAGAAGCUCUGCUCGUUGCACCUGAAACCCCGGAACCACUUCAAACACUUGCAUCAAUACGAAUAUCACAGCUGCGCGUCGAGGAUGCAAAAGCAGCCCUGACGCGAAGCAUGGCGUUAUGGACAGAUUUAGAAGCUGACAAUCCCUCGAUCCCGGACUAUUCCACACGAAUAAGCCUAUCCCGCUUGCUGAUGGAGGCUGAAAUGGAAGAUGAAGCAAUCGAAGUGCUUGAAAGGCUUAUUGGCGAAAAUGACGAAAGUGUAGAGGCUUGGUACUUGGGCGGCUGGUGCUUGAAUCUGAUAGCUGAAAAGCAAAAAGCAAACAACGACAUGGAGCGGAUAGUGCCGCUUCUGAAGGCCAGUCGUGACUGGCUAGAAAACUGUCUCAAGCUAUAUGCGGCGUUUGAGUACGAGGAUGAGCGCCUCAAAGCGCACGCAGAUGAACUGCUGAAGGAACUCUAUGGCGCUGUGGGCCCAUCUACUAGCGAGGAAGAAGAGGAAGAAGAGGAAGAAGAAGAAGAAGAAGGGGAGGACUGGGAGGAUGCAGAUGAUGAUGCAGAAAUGGAUGGAACGUGAUGGGUGUCCGGGCAGCUUGUUGUCAUGGAAAAUGCACCAAAAUUGCUUCUCCACGUUGGCAGUUGCACAGGAUUCAAGAGUCUAAUUGCAAGACUCUGGCCCAAAGCUUCUGGCCGCAAGAAAUUGCGCCGUAACAUUCGCGGAAGGUAGAGUCUGGAGAAGUAAGGUGCCGUGUAGAGUAGAUGCUGGAAGCGGAGGGAGUAAGCUCGCCUACCUACAAGCGUGGCCAUCUCCAGCAUGGUGGUCAGCGAACCAAUGCAGUCCCUGCAUCUCUGCCGCAUAUUGUAAGCGCGGGGUGAUGGAUGUUCAUAAUUGGAAUGAAAUGACGACUAUUUGAGCCACGG